AUGUUGGUGCGGAGAAUGGCAGGGCUCACUGAUGAUGCCGACUACAAUGCCGACGAAACGUUAAAGAAUGUAUCAAGUCCAUUGUCAGAUGCUGGGAAUCAAGACACCUACUAUGGCAGACGACUUCGGAUUAAGUACAUUCUACAUAGUCUCCCUGAGCAAAAGACACAACAAAACGAGGAGUUUGAGACCAUUCAAUCUCGUGUCCUGUUUCUGGCCUGUGCUCAGCAAGCUCGGAUUUUGAAACCCAACAGCCUUUGCAGGCGUUUUUGUGCUCAGCCACUCUUUGUCGAAUGGGACGACAAGUUUCUCCAACAUAAAAGCGACCACAUGAACACAUUAUUUUGUAGCAACCUGAUUUGGAUAAUUUGUCAACUUUAUCUCUAA